AUGUACUUGACGGGCGCUCAGAAUCAGAACUUCGUUCAGCAUCCCGCCUCCGUCGCACGUGUCUCCGGCCUACAGCUUCAAAGCCGAAGCCCAAGCUCCGAAGCUCCUCGCUCUAUGGAAAGAACUGCCCAGGAGUACUCGCAGUCAGGUUUGCCUUCGCCCUAUCCAAGCGUCUACGGCGACACCCAGUCUGAGACUUCCUCUGCAGAUCACCCAUCUGCUGCCCAAUACUCAAGCACAGGGGAACCGCGUUCGGCCAACUACUCAACGUCCGCUACGCCGACCUCAGAGUACAGUGUCUACCCGCCCUCAGCCAGGUCAAGUUCGUUUCCCGAACAUAUCCAGCGUCAAUACCACCCUGCAAGCUCUCACAGUGGAAGCGCAGGUAUGGCGCAAACACCAACAAGUCCGUCCUUGCCUCAAGAUGGACGCAACCAUCAGCCUCAACAGGUCAAAUCUAAUGACGAUAUACCCUUAGAUCCUUCUCUUGCGGCCCCCAGCCCUACCUACGGUCAAAGCCAGUACUCGCCCUACGCACCACCUCAACAUCACGACAACAUGCAGAGCUACCCGCCGAGUGGUGGCCUUUACCCGCAGCAGCGACCUGACUGGGCUAACUAUGGUCAACCUGGUCAAGUCCACCACCCUCACAUGUACCCCCCUACGCCGACAUCUGCCGCUCCUCACGGUAGACCCGCUCAGGUUUAUUCAUUUGUUCCUAUUCCCGGCGCCCAGCAGCACAAGCGACCGCGCAGACGUUAUGAAGAGAUUGAGCGCAUGUACAAGUGUGGGUGGAACGGCUGCGAGAAAGCCUACGGAACACUAAACCAUCUCAAUGCGCAUGUCACAAUGCAGUCACACGGACAAAAGCGUACACCAGAGGAAUUCAAAGAGAUCCGUAAGGAGUGGAAGGCUCGCAAGAAGCAGGAGGACGCCGAUCGUAAGGCGGCCGAGGAACAGGAACGCCAGCGUCAAGCGCAAGAAGCCGCCCACAAUGGUGCACCGGCUGACAACGGUUCCGGUCAACCCCCUCAAGCUUAUGGUAGUAGCUUGCCUCCAAUCCGGUACCAGCCUGCUGCAAGCAACUACCCAGCACCUCCAUCCGCCACAGUGCCUCAACAGCCUUUGCCGGAGUACACCAGCCCUACCAGCAAUGCCUACCCUGGUCAAUAUAUGCCAGCAUCGCCUUAUGCGCCGCCUCCUGGCCAGCAGCAGAUGUAUAGUCAACGUCAGUAA